AUGUUUUCUGAGUAUGCAUCGAGGUUCCUGGCCCAGUCCCAGUCGAGGAUAUCCAACUUCGGACAGGCCGACAACGAUACCCCUCCCAGACAGUCCGACUGGACAUCGCGUCCCUCACGAAACCAGCGCGAUACAGGCCGAGGGAACCCCAGCAGGUCUUUCUUGGGUCGGGGCUAUGGGGGAAACCCGUAUCAACAGACGGGCGGCGGCUCGCGAUUCAGUCAGCUAGCCUUUGGGUCACGAAUCUCGGCAGCUCAAGAUGCCCCGCUAUUUCACAGCACUUUGGACGAAUUCCGGGAAGAGGACGAUGAGGAAGAGAGGGAUAGAGAGGCGGCUGAUAUGUUUGCCCUCCAGAGGUCAAGACGGGUCGCAGCUGCGAGCAAACUGGCCGAUAGCGUCGAGUCAGAUGCUCACAGCCGUGCGUCACUAGAGGAUAGCAUGAACCACGAGGACCAUCCGUAUCGGGACAUGGGUAUGCGACGCGGCAUCCGAAGCAGCUGGAACGGGACGAGGAGUGCGCAUCGCCCCGGCCUGGCACGGGAUGCACUGUUGGAAGAGAAUGAGGAUGAACCUCGUUCAAGUACCGACGCAGACAGCGACCGCGGAACCGAUGCGAAGGGCAAGAUGGUGGACGUCGGUCUUGAGUCGCAGGAUGAUCCAGAUGAGGAUCCCCCAGCUUCGCUUUUGGGGGCUGAGACUCCACGAGAGAGCAGUCCUCCAGCUUUCCAACGAUUUAAGGGCAGCGACACGGAGCGGACACCAUUCAUGGCACGCCGAGGAUCGACAACCGAAACAGACAUGAGCAACAUGCGGCAGGAUGAACCUCCAGAAGCGGAGCACGUACAGACGACGAUGCAGUACUUUGAGGGCGAGAUAUUCCGACACGAUCCUUUCUUCGCCUGGAUCUUUCUUAUCAGCAUGGCAGCGAUGUUAUCGACUUUCUUUCUGGUAUGGCUACACACGGCACCGCGGAAAAUUCCCGUUGGAGACACCAUCUACACGACUUUGCAAAAGUCAUUUCACAUGCUCGCGGUGGAUACUGUAGUAGCCGUCCUUAUUUCAUUUGUAUGGCUUGCGACUUUACGGUCUUUUGUGAGGGCGCUUGUCAGCGCCAUCUUGGUCGCGGUGCCAGCCAUUCUAUUUUCCUUCUCCAUCUACUCGUUCGUCUCAUCAUUCAAGGGCCGGACGCAUGGAGCGAGCUUCCAGGAUUCCGUCAUGAGAUGGGCUUCUGUGGUGCCUGCGGCCGCGUGCAUCCUAUGGAUCUUUCUUGUGGUGCGAGGGCGACGGGCCAUCCAGCAAGCGAUCGAGAUUCUGCAGUUCUCUAGCAGAAUUCUAGCGCAGAACUCGGCGCUGCUGCUCGUUGGAUUCGGAUGUCUGGCGCUGAUUGUCAUCUGGACGUGGGCGUGGCUCGUCAUGUUCACCAGAGUCUUCAUGGGCGGUUACUUCUCCAAGUCACUGGUGAAGUUUGUGAUCCGCCUCUCUAGCUGGUGGCUCGGAGCCGCCUUUAUCUUCUUGUACAUGUGGACCGUGUCGGUCAUCAACGCUGUCCACCGUGCAACCACGGCGGCGACUGUGUCUCAAUGGUACUUUCACAGGAACGCGGGGCCUCCCACGCCUUCGCGGGAGAUUGUCUCGGCUGCGCUCAAUCAUGCGCUCACGACGAUAUUUGGCAGCAUCUGCGAGUCGACUCUACUGUCGCUGCUAAUCCGAGCGCCGUUGAUCUUCCUCCCUAGAAGACUGGGGGCAGUGGUGGCCAACAUAGCUUCGUUCUGGAUCCCGACGCCUGUUGUUGCGCUCAUGAAUCCUCUAACUAUAACUCAUGCGGCCAUUCACUCGCAAAACUUGGCUACUUCAGCUAGAGGACUAGACCAGAUGGAGCUUGUAUCUCCAGCGAUUCCGACGACGACAUUGACGCCGCGAGUUCUACGUCACCGGGCACAGCCUAACGGUCUCCUUCCGUAUCGACUCGCCAAGCUGCUGCUGGUAGCGACACGCCUUAUUAUGGCGACGGGUCUUGGUUUUGCGGGAUGGGUCAUCACUGCCAAGCAGCUUCGAAUCCAGAUGCCAAACGGAGUGGGGAUUCGCGGGUCCGCCUACGCCUAUGUCGUGGGUCUGAUGGCUAGUUUCAUCGGUUACUCUGUCAUGGGCGCGAUGGAAGGCAUCCUGAGCGGCAUCGUGGACGCGGUGCUGAUCUGCUACGGCAGCGAGAGGCGGAUGGACAGAGGCCACGGACGGUUCUGCCUCGAAGCGGCAUACCUGUUUGGAGAACGCCGAGGAGGGGAAGAGCGGGAGUAUGCUUAG